GACGGAACAGCGUUGCGUUUCAGAAUUUCAGCUUCAGGAGGGGGAUAUUCCAAGACGUUACAAUUGUCUGCCUUGUAAUGAACCCCCUCAGAAGAACACUGAACCAAUUCGACGACCUGAAUCUGCUUGCGGAAUCAGUACAGUGCCCCUAUUUGCAUAACAGUCCAAUGUUUGCUGGGUUUCCUAUUCACAUGGGACUGUUGUGCUAAUGGGGGCAGUACAGAGGCUGCAUCAACUGUUGCAGCUUGUGACGGUGUUCAGCAACGACAUCCGGAUGGAGUUUGGAGUUGACAAGUUUCGGUCAGUCCAUCUUGGCCCGGAAUCAAGUAGUGGACGCCAUAUGUUUCCGUGUCAACGAACAGGGGGAGAUUCCGAAUAUGGUUGAAGACGAAGUGUACAAACACCUCGGCAACUGAGAAGUAUUCGCCACACAGCGAUCAAGAAGGAACUGGAGGACGAGUUCUUGCUUCGUGUCAACUGUGUUCUGAGGAGCUUUCUGUCAGCCGGCAGCAAGGUGAAGGCGAACAAUACGUUUGCUGUGCCACUGCUGACCUCGACAGCUUUGGGGUGGUAAAGUGGACCAAGACUGACCUCGAGGCGUUAGAAGGAGCAGUACGAGUGGCGUUCUCCAAGCACCGCAUGCGCCACUCGAAGUCGUCCAUCGAGAUGUGGCUCUGCCACGCGCAAUAGCAAGUAGAGGCGUCACCAAUAUCCAGGCGCUAUGUGUCUCCCAGAUCUAGCAGCUACGAGCAUAUUUCGUAGAAAGCCAGAACUAUGAUGAAAUGUAUCGCACUGUAUGUGAAGCUGACCACGUUUACAGCGCCCUGCAUCUGAUGCGCAGACGGAUUACUAGCUGAACUGCGACAUCAAGACCGUUGACGAGAUGAUCGUAGCGUGGAAGCAGAAGUAGUUGCAUGGGAUGCACUCCCCUCAACUGGAGCUCGAGCAAGGCGUCGAUCGCGGGGUGACCUUUUCUCGGAAACAGAUGGUUUCAUGGUAGCCAUCCAGGACCGGGUAAUUGCGUCGCAGUACUAUCGGCGGUACCUGUUGCACGAAGACGUGGAUUGUUACAGACAAGCCCCUCGGCUAAAGCGCCAACAUUGUGACCCAAUAUGCACAAACUACACGAAUGUCAGCAAAGAGAGGACCGAUUAGAUUAAUGUCACUGAAAAUUUGUAUACCAUAACACAUCAACGUCAAAAGUAGAACUAGAAGCAACAUUUUCUCCAAAACGAUUAAGUAGAAUUUGAAAUCAAGUGAAUUCAUAAUAUUAUUUUCCAUUACCCUAAGCAUUUGUUCGUCGGUUGCACUGUUCGGACACUAAAUUGUAAGUUAUGUUAAAAUGAAAAUCAUGCGAAACUAAUUAAUAAAUUUCUAGCUUGAGCUGUCCUGAAUUACAAAUACGACUUUGCUCCAAGACCACCGAACGCCGUGAACAAAUCUCAAGAAUUUACGAACGACGAUAUGACGAGAAAAACACGCUCCCAAGCUAAAGCUAAGGCAAAAGCAUCGGCCAGUCAACAUCGAAGUGAUGGCGGUAACACCGACCCGAUUAGUGCAAAGAGCACAUGCGAGGCGACAUCGGCUGGUAUUGUUCGUGAAGUAGAGAAUGAUAUCCCGCAAACAAACCGAACGGUAAGAUUCGUGACGUCAGAUGCUGAAGCCGAUGGUGGUACUGAACACGUAUGUGCCACCUGUGGGCAGCCAGUCGAUGCGGAGCGUAGUUUACAAUGCCAGAACUGUUCAAAAUUCUGUCAUGCUACAUGCGCCAACGAUAAUAUAGUACCACGAGACCGGUUUACGUGCGAAUCUUGUAGGCCACGUUCUUCUGCACCGCCACCCACAUCCAGUUGCGGACGUUCAAGCACUUCUAGUACCAGAAGAGCCCGAUUAGCCCGUGAGCUGGCUCUGUUAGAGGAGGAGAGAAAACUGGAAGAGCAAGCGCGGCAGGAGCAGCUAGAUCGAGAAAGAUUGAUGAAUGAGAGGGCCGCUAGGGAGAAAAUCGAACGCGACAAGCAGUACUUGGCGCGGAAACGUGAUUUGCUUAUACAGCAGGACGAGGAAGACGAUAUCGUGAGCAUUAGGAGCCAGCGUUCCACACGUUCGACCGAAAAACGUAUUGAGGAUUGGAUCGACAAUCAGGCGAAAUCAACCAGUGAUCCUGGUACGGGCGUCGUUGUAGAGACGUCUAAGCCAUAUGUGCCAACUCAUCAUACGCCAGUAAAAUCGGUAGGCCAGCAAUGCACCUCUACUCCUAUCCGCGAUGAGCAGAUCAUAAACAAAGGACUAUUUCCCAUGAAGCGUGAGCCUUCGGGUUUCAUUGACUUGAUAUCGCCCACACGCACAACUGGUAGCAUCACAAUAGGGGAAAGCGAUCCCGGAGAAGUAGAUAGAGGCAAUGAUCAGAUGGAUGGCAAUCUGAUAUCACCUACUCGUAUCUCGUUGGUGAAUCUGAACUCCUUGCAUAACCUUUUGGGAGAAGAAAAGCCAACUGUGAAGCACACUGGAACUAUACCAAAACUCGCAAGUAACGUUCUCUUACCAUAUGGUCAGUGGCAAAGGGACACAGCACUUCGGCGCAAAACGAGCGAGCUGGAGCAGCGCCAUCAAACCGAGAUAGACACGCGACGGAGACGGGAGUUGGAUCUAGUAGACGAAAUCAAGCGUUUACAUCUGCAGAAGGAUUCUGAAGCUGAGAAAUUUCGACAACACGAAGCUGAUACGAAGAAGAAGCUGCAGGAAUUUUCAGACCGGCAUACGGCCAUGGAACUACGACGGCACGAGGAGCUGGAACAACGUGAUGCGGAAAUACGCCGGCUGAAGGAUGCAGAAAGACGAUUAGCGGAUCAACUCCAUCAGUUUAGCCAGAAGUGUCACCAGGAUGAUCGCGAUGGAUUGAGCGCUAGUAAUACCAGACAUAGGGAACAACAGCAGCCAGAGCAACCGAACCUGGGAUCAGUUCAGCAGGAGAAUCGCACGGGAACCAUAGGGUUUGUAAUCGGUCCGCCCUCGGUAAGUUCCGCCCCGCCCCAAUUUGGCAAAAUGAACACCUCACCGCCUCGUUAUCACACCCAUGAUCUCCACCCCCCAAUAUCCUUGACUUUGAAUAAAAACCACCCACCUCGUUCGGAUCACACUCUUCCUCCUCUGAUAAACCACCCAACAAUAUCUUCUACGGCUUUACCAGAAAGAAGUCAGAGAUUGAUGUUUCCUGAGCGUCAAGCAGUGUUUUGCCCAUCUCCUGAGCAGCUGGCUGCCAGGCAAGUACUCUCCAAGGAAUUGCCAAUCUUCACCGGUGAUCCACUCGAUUGGCCGUUGUUCUCUAGCAGCUACUGUAAUUCAACAAGCGCCUGUGGCUACUCCGAUGCUGAAAAUUUGCUGCGACUUCAACGAGCUCUGCAAGGACCAGCUAAGGAUGCUGUAAGCAGCUUUUUGUUACACCCGUCUACGAUCCCACAGGUGAUGUCAACAUUGCAGACCCUUUUUGGACGGCCGGAGCAAAUCGUACACACUAUGAUUGAGAAAGUUCGGGCGACUCCUCCGCCAAAACCCGAACGACUGGAAACGUUGAUAACCUUUGGGUUAGUUGUACAAAAUCUCUGCGCGCAUUUGAAGGCUGUUGGAUUGGACUGGCACUUGUCAAAUCCUUCGUUACUACAGGAGCUCGUUGAUAAGCUCCCCGCGAAUGUCAAAUUCAACUGGGCCUUGUACCAACAGCAGUUGCCAGUGGUGGACCUAAGCGCGUUUAGUGACUACAUGACCCAAGUUACAUCUGCGACAAGUAGCGUCACACUGUUUAGUCCUCAUCAGAAGUUCGCUAAGGAUGACAGGUCAAAGCCUAAAGAGAAGGCGUACAUCAAUGCCCAUACAAACAUGGAUCCAUGGGAAUCUGAGUCAGUACCGAGUAAACCGAAAAGAGAUGAAUUGACUGGAGUAAGAAGCGGAAAAGCCGAAGAAGCUAAGCCAUGCCCUGCGUGUAGUGCGCUGGGACAUCAAGCUAGCGAGUGUUCGAAAUUUAAGGAACUCAGCCUGGACGCUCGAUGGAACAUGGUGAAAGAGUUCAAACUUUGUCGACGAUGUCUAAUUUCCCAUUUGCGAUGGCCAUGCAAAGGGGAAGUGUGCGGUGUCAACGGUUGCCAGAAGCUGCAUCACCGUUUGCUCCACUAUGAAUCGAGUAUGGAUCCAAAGCAAACAGAGCGAAAUACUAACGCUACAGUUACCAUCCACCAGAAGCCUACUGUAUCAAUACUCUUCCGUGUUCUUCCCGUUACACUCUAUGGGAAAUACGGAAAGGUCAAUACGCUCGCCUUUCUUGACGACGGAUCAUCCGUUACCCUCAUCGAACGAACUAUCGCUGAUACUCUGGGAUUGGAAGGCCGGACAGAAUCGUUAUGCAUCCAGUGGACCAGCGGAAUCAACAAGAAGAUUUCAGACGCACAGAUGGUACAAAUGGAGAUUUCAGCACUGGGUGGUAAGCAUUUGUUCGUCGGUUGCACUGUUCGGACACUAAAUUGUAAGUUAUGUUAAAAUGAAAAUCAUGCGAAACUAAUUAAUAAAUUUCUAGCUUGAGCUGUCCUGAAUUACAAAUACGACUUUGCUCCAAGACCACCGAACGCCGUGAACAUGGAUGAUCGCUAUAAUAGGAAGUGUGUAAUUCAGUAGGAGAAACGCUCGAGCAUGUCGUUGCCGGCUUUUCAGUGUUAGCUGGAUCAGCCUACCUCGAUCGGCACAACAAAGCCGCCAAGAUUGUGCACUAACAACUUGCCUUAAAGCACAACUUAGCCCAAGUUGUGCAACAAGUACCUGCCGGACCCGGUUCUAGAAAAUAGUUGCAUAAAGCUGUACUGAGAUUGCGAGAUCACUACGGUCGUCCUCAUUGGUUCCAACCGGCCCGAUAUUGCGGUUAACGACAAAAGGAUGAAGCGGGA